UACAGUGCCAUCCGCAGACGCCACCAUUCCUAUAACCUCAAUCCUUUUUAAUUUAACGUCCAAGCUAGUAUUCUAAAAUAACCGUUUCCACGUUGGCGGGAUUAUUCUGGACUAAGAAUAAGCCGGAGGCUGCAAGACCCACGACGCCUCUGGCGGAUCCAAAUAUGUCACAGCCUCCGGGACAACCCCAAUUGACACCCCAAUUUUGCUUCAAUCAGACUGCAUUAAGAGACUUCCUCAGAAUAUCCCGUUCUACAAUCGAUGAUUCUAUUGCCCAGAAUCUCAAUGCGCUAGUUACUCCUUCGCGAGCUGGGUUCAACCCCUCAUCAACUGCAUCCCGGCAAACAACGCCUCCUCGAAGCCGCAUCAUCGACCCAUCUGCAUGUGAUGGUUUCAAAGAUAGAGUCCUUUUCCAGUCAUGGCAAAAUCGCUCGGAUGUGUUGAAUUACUGCGCAGGGGUGGCGACAAGUCCCGACCCGGAUGAUCCCGACGUUGUUUCCAGGCAGGUGGAAUCUGAGCGAAUGAGAGAGAGGGUCGUGGAUGAGAGACUCGAUCCAUACUCGGCGCGAUAUUUUCCUCGAGAGGCGCGAACAGAGAUGCUAGCCAGUGUGAUCCGUAAUGAACGUGGAGUAGAGAAUAUAAUACGGAAGCGGACAUGGGAUAUGAUCGCUGAACGAUGUGGAGAUAGUGGUGUGAGCUGGGAAGCGGCAUUGGAUCGGUGGAGAGCAGGGCGAGAAAAUUAAAAUUAAGCUCGGCCGGUUACUUGAACAUAUUUGGCGUCUUUGGGGAAAGAAUGUGUAUAUAUAGCAUUUGGCAAUCGUAUUUUGAAUGGACAAACAGUACUUUUCUCUCCUCUCCUCGUA